AGAAAGAAGAAAGUUAUGGCACUAACUGUAAAUUAAAAGCUUGGAAUCAUAACAUACAUAUUAUGGGAAAUAGAAAGAAAGAAGUCAGUACUAGAAGGAUUAAAGAGAAGUUGUGCUUCAAUUCGAUUGGGAAGAAGAAUGGAUCCUAAGAAUUGAAUGACAGACAGUUAUGCAGUGAGUAUGGCUGUCCUUGAAAUUACUUAUCAGAAGUGCAGUAAGAUCUGUAUAAUUGGAAACAUUAUGUCAAGGAUAUGCUUUCUUUUUUUAAAAAAUGGCACAAAGAGAGGAAUUAAUUCAGGUAAAUUUCAUGGCCCGUGUUAGGGAAGAGUUCAGAUUAAAUCACAGUGCUAUUCUUGUCUGGCUCCAUAAUCUACAGAUCUGUGAAAUAUUCUUGUAAUAUAAUCAUUUUUCAAUUUCAGACUUGCUCCUUCUUUACCAGACCCUUAUUGUUUUUAACUGUAUGAUUUUUAAGAGGGUCCCUUACUACCUCUCUCUUUACAUCUCUUGUUUAUCUUUAAUAAAUGGAUAAUUGUACUGGCUUUUUCUUGUUUACUGUUCUUCACACUUUUCAUCUUCUUUGUGUGCCCUAUCCAUCACAAGAAGGUACCAUUCAAUGAACACUGCCUGAGAGUGGAGAGGAGAAAAGGAAGCAGAAGAAACACAGAACAGGGAGAGAGGGUCAGAGGAAGGAAGAAAAGAUGAAGAAACAAGGUCUAAUGAGGAAUCAACAGAUGAAUCUGAGGAAGAUGAGAGCGAAGAGGAGCCCAAGCUGAAGUAUGAACGACUUUCUAAUGGAGUGACAGAAAUUCUGCAGAAAGAUGCAGCCAGUUGCAUGACAGUGCAUGAAAAGUUUUUGGCACUGGGAACGCAUUAUGGCAAAGUUUAUUUACUUGAUGUCCAGGGGAACAUCACACAGAAGUUUGAUGUCAGCCCCGUGAAGAUAAAUCAGAUCAGCCUGGAUGAAAGUGGAGAACACAUGGGUGUUUGUUCAGAAGAUGGGAAGGUGCAAGUGUUUGGAUUGUAUUCAGCAGAAGAAUUUCAUGAAACAUUUGACUGUCCUAUUAAAAUUGUUGCUGUUCAUCCUCAUUUUGUAAGAUCCCACUUCAAGCAGUUUGUAACAGGAGGAAAAAAGUUACUGCUGUAUGAGAGAGGCUGGAUGAAUAGAUGGAAGCCUUCCGUUUUACAUGAAGGGGAAGGAAACAUAAGGAAUGUAAAAUGGAGAGGACACUUAAUUGCUUGGGCCAAUAACAUGGGCGUGAAGAUACUUGACAUGAUCUCCAAGCAAAGAAUUACCAAUGUGCCUCGAGAUGACAUAAGCCUUCGCCCAGACAUGUAUCCCUGUAGCCUUUGCUGGAAGGAUAAUUUAACACUGAUUAUUGGCUGGGGAAAUUCAGUAAAGAUUUGCUCAGUGAAGGAGCGGCAUGCCAGUGAAAUGCGUGACCUUCCAAACCGCUAUGUGGAAAUAGUUUUCCAGUUUGAUACAGAGUUCUAUAUCAGUGGGCUUGCACCUCUCUGUGACCAACUUGUUAUACUUUCAUACGUAAAGGAGAUUUCUGAAAAGACGGAGGUGGAGUGUUGCGCCAGGCCCAGACUGGACAUCGUACAACCUCUGCCUGAGUCUUGUGAGGAGAUCUCUUCUGAUGCACUGACAGUACGAGGAUUUCAGGAGAAUGAAUGUAGAGAUUACCAUCUAGAGUAUUCGGAAGGUGAAUCACUGUUUUAUAUCAUCAGCCCAAGAGACGUGGUUGUAGCUAAAGAACGGGACCAAGAUGACCACAUUGACUGGCUUCUUGAGAAGAAGAAAUAUGAAGAGGCUUUGAUGGCAGCUGAGAUCAGUCAGAAAACCAUAAAAAAGCACAAGAUUUUGGAUAUAGGCUUAGCCUAUAUAAAUCACCUAGUGGAGAAAGGAGAGCAUGACUUGGCUGCUCGAAAGUGCCAGAAAAUUCUUGGCAAAAACACAGAACUCUGGGAAUUUGAAGUUUACAAGUUUAAAGAAAUAGGUCAACUUAAGGCAAUUAGUCGUUACUUGCCCAGACGGGAUCCAGUUUUGAAACCUCUCAUCUAUGAGAUGGUCCUGCAUGAGUUUUUGGAGAGUGACUAUGAGGGGUUUGCAACCCUGAUAAAAGAGUGGCCUGGAGACCUCUACAACAACACAAUCAUAGUUCAAGCUGUAGUAGAUCACCUGAAGAAAGAUCCACAAAACAGGACGUUGUUAAGAACCCUUGCAGAACUGUAUACGUAUGACCAGCGCUAUGGCAGAGCCCUAGAAAUUUACCUAACUCUCAGACACAAAGACGUCUUCCAGUUGAUCCACAAGCACAAUCUGUUCAGUUCCAUCAAAGAUAAAAUUGUUCUGCUCAUGGAUUUUGAUUCAGAGAAAGCAGUGGACAUGCUUUUGGAUAAUGAAGAUAAAAUUUCCAUUGACAGAGUUGUUGAAGAGCUAGAAAACAGACCUGAACUACAACAUGUGUAUUUGCACAAGCUUUUCAAAAGAGACCACCAUAAAGGACAACGGUAUCAUGAAAAACAGAUCAGUCUUUAUGCUGAAUACGAUCGUCCAAAUCUACUGCCAUUUCUCAGAGACAGCACACACUGCCCACUAGAGAAGGCUCUAGAGAUCUGCCAACAGAGAAACUUUGUAGAAGAGACAGUUUAUCUUCUGAGCAGAAUGGGGAACAGCCGCAGUGCUUUGAAGAUGAUAAUGGAAGAACUGCAAGAUGUAGAUAAAGCUAUUGAAUUUGCCAAGGAACAAGAUGAUGGAGAACUUUGGGAAGACCUCAUUUUGUAUUCUAUUGACAAACCACCUUUUAUUACUGGUUUGUUGAACAAUAUUGGAACUCAUGUUGACCCCAUUCUUUUGAUUCAUCGUAUUAAGGAAGGCAUGGAGAUUCCUAAUCUGAGAGACUCGCUAGUGAAAAUUCUUCAGGACUACAACUUGCAGAUCUUGCUGCGGGAAGGUUGCAAGAAGAUUCUUGUUGCUGACUCUCUUUCUUUGCUGAAGAAAAUGCAUCGAACUCAGAUGAAGGGCGUUCUGGUAGAUGAGGAAAAUAUUUGUGAAUCAUGCCUGUCUCCAAUACUUCCUGCAGAUGCAUCCAAGUCCUUCAACGUGGUGGUGUUCCACUGCAGACACAUGUUUCACAAAGAAUGUCUCCCAGUAUCUAACACAGUAUCUUCUGUCCAGUUCUGCAACAUAUGCAGUGCCAAACACAGAGGACCAGGAAGUGCAAUCCUGGAGAUGAAGAAAUAGCAGCCCCCUAGCUCUCCCUACCCGUCUGUGACACCAAGUCUGUUAGGAGCCACUGUAGUUUCUGUUAGUCAUCAUUUCUGUAAAUAAUUCUGAAUGUGAUUUAAAACUGAUUUCUGUAAGUUAUCCUGCUUAGUGGAUUUCCCUUCUGGAAAGGGAAAAUGUGAAAACCUUUGCUUAGUAGCGCUUUGUUACACAAUUCAUAUUUCGCUGUUCCUGUGCUCAGCUUAUUCUUUACUUAACUGUGGAACUGAGAAGGAAAAUAAAAAGACAGGAAAACA